CCUAUAUACGUAGUUGGGAAAUGAUCGAUUCUAUAACCUUAUCGAUGCGGAAUACAACUCGAACGUUGUAUUUAUGUUUUCACGGACAAAUAUAAAUAAGAAAUAACCAUUGUGCCAGAAUUAUUACGUUUCUCAUAAAUUCUGUAGAAUGGCCGAAUUGAUACAAGGAACAUGUUUAUUAAUGUGUCCAGGAAAAGAACGACGAAUAUGAACAGUGAAUGAAAUUCAUUAAUUUUUAUCGAAUGUUGCUUAUAUUUUAUUACACGUACAUGCUCGCAUAAAAGAAACUUAAAAUAAACUGUUCUAACGUAGUAACAGUUUCGAAAGCGAAUGUAGCAACAUAAUAUUUGUAGUAGAGAAGAAAAAGGUUUAUUGCAUAAAUUCGAGAUCGACGAAAAUGCGAAAGGAGGAAGAAAACCAAAAGCGGAUCCAAAAAAAACUAUCAAAUGUUAUACCCGGUCAGCAGCAGGAUUAAUUAUGACCGAUCCGAAUGUUCUGCGACCCGCAUCGGUAUUACUAUCGACGGUCAAAUAUUUGUUUACCAAGAUAGCUACGAGGAGAGACGUCGAUUGGGUCGUUGCUUACGAUUUUAUCUUCGAUCGCUUGCGAAGCGUUAGACAAGACGUUACGAUACAAAGAAUCGACGAAUCUUCUACAGGUAUCAAACUGUACGAGUCGAUGGUUCGAUUUUUAGUUUACUCCGCACAGAGACUAUGCGAAGAGAAUUCGUGCAAAUACGAUAGGCACACGAACCAAUUAUACCUCGCCGAAUGCGUUACGCACUUACUUAAGCUGUACGACACCAAUCCAAUCAACAAGGAUUGUUUGGCGAUCGACAAACGUUUAAAAAAUUUAACGUUGAACAACGAUCGCGAACGAAUGGAAGCGUUAUACAUUCUUCUAAAUAUGGGUAAUAGCGAAUCGUUAAACAGGGCAUUGAACCUUCCACUUUACUUAAGAAAAUCUUCGGACGUAGAAUUAUCAACGAAUAUAUCGUUAGCCUGUUACUCGAAUAAUUACGUGCGCGUGUUCGCUUUGGUCGAACGACUUCGAGAUCCGAUACUGGUCUGUGCAGCUAUGACGAACGCACCAAAAUUAAGAAGAAAAGCAAUAGAAAUCAUGAGCACGGGAUACAGUUGUAAAUUGUCUACAUUCCCAGCGUAUAAAUUGCUAGAGCUUUUAUCGUACAAAAGUAUAAGUAAGGUUCAAGAAGAUUGCAAACUGUUCGGUCUCGUUUGCAUCGAUGAAAACAUUUCAUUUCAUAAAACGAAUUUCAAACACGACGUACAACUGGUAAAGAUUAUCGCGCUACGAGAAAAAAAAUAUUUUGUUCUCGACGAAUUAUUUCAUAAAUAUAAUAAACGAUCGUUUUAGGCCAAUUUCGAAGCGUACUACACGCCUCAGACUGUACAUAAUUUUCUACCGCAUAUUUUACUUGGACCUGUUUAACGAUACGGGAAACACAACGAUAUACAAGAAGAGAAUAUAAGAAAUUCUAUCGGCACGUUUUUCAGCAAUUUGUUUAUUUCCUAUGAUGACCAUAAGAAAAAGAAAAAGAGAUGAAAAAUGUUUAAUCGAUAUAAAUAAAGUUACGUUCGCACGCUUUGUAUUA